ACAAACCCGCGUCAUAUCUGGAUCGCGCUCCCCUCUGCCUACAUUUAAACAAAGUUUUGAAGACGAAACAAAAUGCUGAAGGUUCUAUCGCUUGUUGUGCUGGUCGGAUGGACCAAAGGCUUGAUCGUGUGCCCUCCAAAUAUCUGCGACACGGUCGACUGCGCCUCAGUUACCAAUGACAACUGCAACGGGAUGGUGAAGCAAAAUGGUGGAUUUUGCGGCUGUUGUGAUUCGUGCAUUACGCAGUUAGCGGAAGGGGAUAGCUGUCGCGCUACGUUCUUACUGGGAGUGCCGGCCACGUCGGAAUGCGCCUCUGGUCUUCAGUGUGACUUCAAGACCUUUACGUGCAAGCCUCUGGUGGAGAAACGCUCGACCGGUGGGGAUAGCCCGUGCGCCACCAAGCUAGCGGAAGUGAACGCCAGGCUUGAAGCCUCCCAACACAUGCUGCUAGGGUUGGAGAAACCCCACUGUGACGCCAAUGGUGACUACCUUGGAAUGCAGUUCUCUGGCUCUCAGGCUUACUGCGUGACCGCCGACGGAACACCAAUCUCAGGCUACAUGGUGAACAGGUGGGAAGCGGGCAACAUGGACUGCCAGUGCGCACGUGACCAGUACGCCUACCAGCUGACUGGCCUGAUCGGCAAGCUGUUCUUCUGUGACGCAAACGGGAACUACGCUGCCACACCGGCGCCAUAGGUUAUUGACGAGCUCCUUGAAACUAAAGGAGAGCCACAUAACCGCAGGCGUUCAAACAAUAUACUUUCCAAUUUAAUGGACGAUAUCAUUACUUAUAAAGAAAGAAAUUAAACCAAUAAGAGCAUU